AUGACUUCAGGCAGCGAAGCGACGGAGACAUCAGUUCCGGUCAAAAACGUUGGCGAAUCCGGUGUCUCUUCCGGACAGUCGGUAUCAACGAAAGCAGAAGACCCACCGGCGGCGAUAUCGAAGGCGGCCAAACCUACUCAAAAAGGCGGUUCCUCUUCCGGUGUCAACCUCGGCGGUGGACGCAACCUGGCCGGUGCGCGGAAAGAAGCCAUCUCCGCCGCCGCGAAGGGGAAGUCGAUCGUCUCCGGCGAUGUUGGGAAGGAAAAUGUGAUUCAGGGUUUCAUCCCCCAAGGAAGGAGUGCUACUUAUUUGCCUCUCCUGAAAUCUGGUGCUACUUACCGGCUCACCAGGUUUUUUGGGUCACAAAGCAAAAGGAUUUACCGUGUGGCUGACCCAACCGUCACCAUAAGUCUCUCAUGGAAUUCAGUCCUGUCUGAAUUCAAAGACAGCUCUGUUUGUUUCCCUGAGGAUAGGUUCCGUUUCCAUGACCAUAAAGAAUUUGAUGCCGCCGCAGAUAAGCGAGGUGAUCUUUAUGGCGUUUUGUCUCUGUCUUCUACAACGGCUUCAAGGGUUGCUUGGUUUGAAUGCAUAGCAACUAUUGAUGAUGUUGUGCAUGGUGCUGAGUGGUACUAUAUAGGCUGCCGUCAAUGUCAUACCAAAGCAAUCAAAGGGCCAACAACUCUCAUGUGUAAGAAGUGUGGGAAGCAUGAGAUUGAUGCUGUGCCACAGUACCACUCGAAGCUAUCUGUGUAUGACCACAAGGAUCAAGCUGUCUUUGUGCUUCUUGGUGAUGCUGGUGAGGAGCUCACUGGAAAGAAAGCUGCUGAGUUGGUGGACAGCUAUUACAAGGUGAACAAUAUUGAAGAAGAGGGUCACAUUGUCCCAGUGCCUCAGGCACUACUUAGUACCAUAGGACAAACCAGGCAGUUUGUUGUCAAGGUGUCUACCUAUAACCUAACUGGUAAGGCGCAGAGUGUGACUGUGAAAAAAGUGCUCCCUUUUGAGGAGGAAGAACAUGAGGUCAACAUUGCAGCUGAAGCUGGAGAGGCCCCUGAAAACGCAAUGGAGGAUCAAGCUGAGGAGUCGGUGAAAAGAGGUGCUGAUGUGAUUGAGGGUGAAGAACCCAAGCGUUCAAAGCUUGGCUAA